CCGAACGUAGAUCGUGUCGAGAUUCACCGUGACUUGGUCUAAUUUGUCACGCAAUUAAGUCGCGUUUGCGUAUUAGCGUUUGAACAAGGUCGGCAUCUGGGAAGUAUCAAAGAAGAUCGAUACCGAUACUCAGAUGACAAGUUGAUCUUGCUCGCCUCCUUUUUUCUAUCAUAGACUGUCGAUGGAGGAAAAGUGUCAAUUUUGCUUCGCAGAUAUAGAAUAUCGUAAUCUUAGAAUAACGGUGAUCGCAAUUUUCGAUCGACGAUGAUUUAGAUAGUAUUCAGAGCAGAAAUCGUUCAUUCCUGCCGACGAGUUUCAUUGAUGAAUUCUGAUGAUGCCACUAUCAUUCUUACAAAAUACAACUUUUAAUUUUGCUAGCUUUCUUUGAAAGCCGAGUUACGCCACGCUCUGAAAGGAGCACGAAUUACGAAAUUCCUCCAAAUGGGCUUUUGGUGUGCAGCAAUUUUUCAGCCGUGAUUCAAUUCUUUCCUUGAAAAUCCACGGAGCAACUUUUACUCCGUAAAAUCGGCUGACCUUAAAUACGAGUCACAUAUCGUACGAUGCUUAUCAAAGGAAAAGCGUGCUCUACAUAUCUACAUGUCAAAUGUACCGUGCAUUAGCCGUUCGCGCAACCGGCUUUAAAGGAUUUCAAUUGGAACGUACGGAGCACGAAACGGAGACGGUCGACCUGCUUAUUAUAUCUCUCGUUUUUCGUUCUGCGUCUCAGCUGUUUCCUUCGCCUCCUUUUUUCUCGCGGUAGAAAUCGCGAAUCCAUUCCACGGGUCUGCGCGCAGCGCAGAAGUCGCACGAUACAGGCGCGAACUGAAAUUAACGCCAACGAACGCUUAAUUUUUGGCGAAAAUAAAGUGGGCGAGUGAGUAAGCGAACGAAAAACGGAUUUCCCCCGGACAGAAAUCUUACUGGCUGAAUAAGCGCGACAAAAUCGUGCGAAGAGGGGGAGAAAAACGUAAGCGGACUCACGACACGCUUGAAGCCUGAAUCAAUGUGCCGUGUGGGCGAGAAGGACGAUGACAAGAUGCGCUGUUUGGGCGGCAGUUCUGCUUCUGCUCGAUAUCUCAACAGCGAAAGGAAGCGCAGUGAACGAUGAUAAGCGAAGAUCUUUCGAGUCGGAGGGAGUUAUGUAUUCGUGGACAGGGCCGAACGCCUUGGCGAGAUCCGCUUUGGUGGAACGACAAGAGAGAUUGCAGUACAACUGCGAGGAGAUCCUAGCAGAUCAACAGCCUAGAAACGAGGAUCUGAAUCCGGAAUCGUUCAGGAAUAUUCUCGUGGACGAGCAGCACGAGCUGUUAUACUGCUACGUUCCAAAGGUCGCAUGCACCAACUGGAAACGAGUUUUGAUGGUGGCCACAGGGAAAUGGGCAGGUAGCGAUCCCUUGGAGAUACCGGCUGAUCGAGCGCAUUCCUCGGGUACUUUUCAAAGGCUAAGCAACUAUACUUUACCGGAAAUCGAACGAAUGCUGACGACUUACGACAAACUGAUAGUCGUCAGACAUCCGCUGGAAAGAUUGUUGUCAGCUUAUAGGAACAAAUUGGAGGCGAAGCACGAGAAAAGUUCAAAGUAUUUUCAGACUCGUUUCGGCAAGAAGAUAAUCAGGAGGUACAGAAGAAACGCGACCGAAGAAUCUCUGAAGAAUGGAGACGAUGUCACGUUCCGGGAGUUUGUGGAAUUUGUUACCGACGAUUCUUCAAACGAAACACGGAACGAGCACUGGAAGCCGAUAUACGAGCUGUGCCAGCCAUGUUUAGUUAAUUACAAUCUCGUCAGCAAGUACGAGAGUUUGGUGGAAGAUGCGACCGAGGUUUUGGAGCGGAUGGGCGUCGAGUCGGUCAAUUUUCCAUCGAAACCGAGCAACAGCGAGCCAACCUCAAAGAAACUAGAGAAAUACUAUUCGACGUUGACGUACGAGCAGCUCCGGAAGUUAGCGAACUUGUACAAACUAGAUUUAAGGCUGUUCGAUUAUUCGUUGGAGGAUGUGCUGGGAUUCUCGUUGGCAUGAUUGAAGUCUCAAUAGAAAGCAUGAGAAGAAUACGCUUCGAAUCGUGAAUAGACGACGUUAACGUCUAAAUAGGUCUAAAGUAUUUACUACGACAGCGAUAUCAGUCAAACAAUUGCUGUUCCCAAUAUGCACCUACUUGUUUCCGUGCUUCCUUCUACCUAUUGUAUCGUACUUACACGCGUAGCGAUUAAUUAAGGAACCGUGUCUCGAAGGAAGUUCGUGAUAAAUUGCUACGUUCGUGUGAAGUAUUUUCAAUUUCUGUUUUUGUAUACGUAAGUAUGCUCACAUGGGCUGUUUCACUUUGUGCCAAUGAAAUUGUUAGGUUAUUUAAAUGAACAGUUUUAUACUAUAAUGCCAGAACAUUUAUUAACUAAGUCUAACAUACUUAUAAUAUUAACUGCAGGAUCGUAUUCGUACACAUCUCCUAAUGCAGUAGUAGCCCAAAGUAAGUGAAAACAAAAGAAAACAAAAUAUAUGAAAAGGCAAUAACUUAAAUUCUACUCAAUAUGACAUAUGGCAUAUGUUAUUAAUGUUAGUAGCACAUAUCGACAGGAGUGGUGUUAGAUGAUCGAUAAGUGCUCAUUUUUAACAAGUGUUACCGACUGCGACAUUAGGAUAUUAGUCAGGUGCAGUGACGGCUCAUAGCUAAAGUUAGUGAAGGUGCAGCUCCAGAAAAGUUUUAGCCAUGUUUUAAAAAACCUGCACUGCGGGAGCGACAGUGCUUUCUCUCCCGCGCAGCCUCACGCGCAGCUUCCCAUGUGCGCAUGCGCACACAAGCAAACACCACGCCGCUGGAACUGUGUAGCGCACAGUUCCAUACAAAGAUUUUUGUAUGUUUUUCAUAAAUUGGGGGAUGGCUACUGACAUUAAGCUUAAGGAUUAUAUGUUGUACAAGUAUAAAGAAAUAAUUAAAGAAAAAAGGACUCGUUAUAUUAAAUGUUAUCGAUAAUAUUAAGUAGAAAUAGGGGGUGCUGCAGUUCCACAGGUGUUAAGGCGGCGUGCAGGUAGACCGAUUUCAAAUUUGCGAUCAGUCCUUUCUGCGCGGCAGUAGAAUUUAAGUUAUUGCCUUUUCAUAUAUUUUCUUUUCUUUUGUUUUCACUUAGUUAAUAAAUAUUCCGGCAUUAUAGUAUAAAACUGUUCAUUUAUAUAACCCAACAGAAAUGUUUGUUGAUCAUUAUUUUUUAUAAUUUCGUCCAAGUCACGUGUGUCCAUAGAAUUUGAAAAAUGUCUACUCGAAUGGUUACCUUUUAUUUAUCGUUAGUUUAAUCCAUGCCAUAUUUCUGUACCUAUAUUGUUGAAAUUUUAACGAGAAUGUAUGAAUUGUAACGAAAUAUAAUUUGAAUAAAGUAACUUUAAUUGCA